AUGGAUGUGUUUACAGAAGUUACGAACUUGGCUGGAAUCUCUGAGUUCAGGAAAGAAGGAACGAGCGAUGUGUCGUUGCUGGUAUGUGAUUCAGGCCAAGAAGCUAGAAAGAAUUCAUUAUUUCAUCAGUUGCUGACCAUGCAAGGUACAUGGAUGCCCUCUGGCUUCGCGACCUCGGCUGAGAAACUAACAACCUUCACCUCUUCACCAAAGGAAAUCACUUCCAACCUGUACUUCUCAGUUAAGCCUCCGAAAAUCCACCCGAUGGAGCUUUUUGGUUUAUACUGGCCGAAUGCACAGUUCAUAACCUCGACGUCGGUCUGUAGGUCUUUAAAUACCAUGCCUGAACGAGAGCCUGUGUUGCCGUUGUUGCUGCCUGAUUUGCAAAUAUAUCAGUCUAACGGCUUGAACAAUUCGUCAGUAGAAAAUAACGCUUUUAUUCCAAUCGGUCAACGUGAUUACUGUCACCCGACGAAAGGCGAAAUUUUAGUCCAGAAGCCCAACGCUCCACGUUUGCACUGUUCCGACUGCAACCGCAGCUAUUCUACCUUUAACGGCUUAUCGAAACAUCGCCAGUUUCAUUGCCUUUCUCAGCUUAAGCGCCAGUUUGGGUGCAAAUUUUGCGAAAAGCAAUAUUCUUCACUGGGGGCAAUGAAAAUGCAUAUUCGCACGCACACACUUCCGUGCAAAUGCCAAAUCUGUGGCAAAGCGUUCAGUCGUCCGUGGCUAUUGCAAGGUCACAUUAGAACUCACACAGGCGAGAAGCCGUUCCGUUGCAUUCAGUGCGGGCGAGCUUUCGCUGACCGCAGUAACCUCCGCGCUCACCUACAGACUCAUUCGCAGAUGAAGAAGUACCUCUGCCGAAUAUGUCAGAAAACGUUCUCUAGAAUGUCGCUACUCGCCAAGCAUCAGAAUAACGGCUGCGCAGCACUGAUUAUUUGA